CCUGGACGUGUUGGCGUGAAGAAGCAUGUUUAGGAAGUUGGUGGCGUGCGCCAUGGUGUCGAGGAUGCUUUGAAAGGAGUAAUGCGAUGAGAGAUCAGCGCCCCCGCGGAGACUCCUCAGCUCAUAUCGUUUGGAGCAGUUGACAUGCUUGAGAGUGCUCGAGUCGCCCGUGUGCAGAAACGCGGUGACGACCCGCGGAAGAUCCUCUUCGAUCUUAUGCGCCACCACGGCUCGCUCGGUGAUGGAGGGGUUGUUGGAGAUGGUCGGGUGGUGGUGCGGCGUGUCCUUAGUAUUAGGCGUGCUGUAAACAGGAUAUUUCGCCCUGAUUUCAGUGAUUUCUUUGUCGCUCUCCGACCAUUCCACGUAGCCAUAAUUCGAUCCCUUCGCGAUGCCCAAUUGCAGAAGAAGGCAGAGCAGGAAUGCGUCCAUACCUCGACGCCAAUCCGAGACGACUGGCCUGGAUACCCUUUGGAUCUUUUCACAUAUCCCAAACAUUACUCAGGGGAUCUGGAGUGCGUAUACAUCCCGCAUGGCGUUAUCAUGGAUAGGAUAGAGAGACUGGCAAGAAACAUCAUGGAUGAUCUUGGUGAUCACGACAUUGUGGUGCUGUGUGUGUUAAAGGGCGGCUAUCAGUUCUGUGCUGACCUUGUGGAACGCAUUAAAGUCCUUUGCUGUAACUCCAGCAAGACUCUUCCCAUGAGAGUGGACUUCAUACGUCUGAAAAGCUACCUGAAUGACCAGUCAACUGAAGUUCUCCAUAUAGAAGGAGCAGAGAAUCUGUCUGCGCUGAGUGGAAAGAAUGUCCUUAUUGUGGAGGCCAUUGUGGACACUGGAAAGACCAUGAAGACUCUGCUAGAUCACGUUAAAGCCUUCAGGCCCAAGAUGAUCAAAGUAGCAAGUUUGCUGGUGAAGAGGGUGCCUAGUGGGACAGGUUACCUGCCAGACUAUGUUGGAUUUGAGAUUGCCAAUCGUUUUGUGGUCGGUUAUGCCUUGGAUUACAAUGAAUACUUCAGAGAUCUGCAUCACUUAUGUGUGAUCAGUGAUAGUGCCAAACAGAAAUUUAAGGUCUGACGAUGACAAACUCACCCCUUAGAUCAACAUAUGAAUUUGACUCGGGAGGAUGGAGGCCGUUCAUGCAUCACAUACAGUAUGAGCAAAGAUGUUUCUUGGCUGUUUGUAAUUGUAAAUCCUGCUUACUACUUGCUAAAUACUGUGCAGCAUACUAGGCACUGUUUUUAGCAAAUGUAGGAAGUAUGAAAAUGUGCAUACUUAUGUUACAGUAUUCUAUUCCAAACAUAGCUAUUGGGAUUAAGAGGCUAUUUGUCUGUCAAUCAGUCAGUUUAUUGGGUGUUUUUAUUACAAGGUGUGUUCAAGACUGUUACAUAUUUUUAACUGUUGUAUUUUACCCAUCCAUGUGAAGUUGUUUACGUAUGCUGUCAUAAAUUAGGCUUGGUAAUUUAUAACACUUAACACAUACAUUAUGCUACCUACUCACCAGCCAGUUUCUUUCAGAAACGAUCAAAUGUGAAAUGGCUUAAAAAAUGUACGAGAUACUUUUAUAAGCUUUGUUGUUUUGUAUUCAUGUUUACAUUUUAUAAUGCAUUUUAUUAUAUUUUAACAGCAUUAAAAUGAGAUUUCGUAUUCAUUGUUUUUUUUUUGUAAUGUACGUCACUUUUACUUCAUGUACUGAACAAUACAGAUGAAAGCAUGCCUGUUUGUUUAUGAUCCAUUCAAUGUGGUAUUAUUGCAUAGAGCCGCGUUCAUACUUCAGUGAAAGAACUCAAACAUGCCACACACACACCUGUACACAAACACAAAGGAAUGAAGUACAACAGAGCUGGUAUGGGUGUGUGUUAUGUAACAGCCUCUAUUACUUAUUGUUUCAUCUGCCCAGUUUCUUUGUUGUUUGGUGCAUGUGAAUUUUGUUGUGUGUUUUUUGUCAGAUACAAUGUCACGUCUCAGGUGUGCCUGAUGGGAAACUAUGUAAAUGUGGUUUUAAAGGUACAACAGUAAUAUCACAUUCACAUUUCUCAUCAUUGUUUUUAGAAAAAGAAAUGCAUUUUUUCGAAAUUGAUUUUUGCUCUUGGAAUGUUAUUAAAAAAUUCUUAGUCAGGACAAACUUUGCUUUGGGCUUGUCAGUGCUUUAUCUAAAACCCUUACAUAGGUUAGAUUAGAUGGGUGGACUGACUGAGACAGGUAACUCAUAAGUAAUUAUUAUUAAUAAUAUUUUAAUGGCACUAUUUAUUUCCUGGUACCGUUUUGAGAAUGCAAAAUGGUUAAAGGCUUGUAGUAAGUUCGCUAUAACUUCCAAUCCAGGUUGAAUAAGGCCAGACAUAGAUAGCUUUAGGUUUAGCGCUCAUAAACUUGUCCCGUGCUUGACUUCCUUUGCCUUAUCAUCCUGGAACAUUUAAAGAAUGUCCCUAGUGAACGAAUGGACCCUGUUAAAUGGUUUGAUUUCUUGGCCAUUAAGCAAGCCUGUAGAGCCAUCAUAAGACAUAAUGACUCCCACAGCAGGGCCGCCUAAGUCAUUAAUGGAUCCCCCAGUGUGUUUAACAGUUGGCGACAGUUUAACCA